CGAAACCGACGGACGGAACAUAAAGUAAACAAUUAAACAAAAUGGCUGGUCGUCAAUGAGUUCUUUAUUUUGAAAGUAAAAUAUUUAAUAGGAAUUGUAUGUACUAAAGCUUAAUCACAAGAAAUGUCUAAAAGGGAUCAAGAAAGUAGUGAUAAGAAGUUGGAUACGAGUGACUAUGAAAACCUCAUAUCGCAUCACAGUAUAUUUGAAUCAAGCCGAAGUAAACAAGAACUGCCAAGUUUCCCUGGAUACUCAAAUGCAGAAACGCAAACAAAACCUAGUGACAUAAAAGGGCAAAAUGCAGUACAGUCAGGACUGGGGGUGUGGCACUACAAUCCAUGGUGGAUGCUUGCCAGUACAUCUCGAAACACACCAGAUCAAGAUGAAUUUGCAGAGAACUCAGAUCAAGCUAAAGUCAAGCAGGAACCCUCUGGAGCAUGUUCCCCCGAACAUGAUCCUUUACAAAAUGAACUAGAGCAAUUUCAGGCAGGUACUUCCACACCUCCAGUAGGGAUAGAUACUUUUUGUGACGAUUGCUCAGAUCCAUUUUGUGACUCUAGCGCAGCAGUUUGCCGCAAGCUAUUUCAUUGCCCUCAUUGUAGAAAAAGUUAUCCAACAAUAUUGGAGUUCAAUACCCACUUGACAGGUGUUCAUCCAUCACAAAAACCAUUCAGAUGCCAAAUAUGCCUUGAGCCAUUUCAUAAAAAAUCACAUCUCAGAAGGCACCUGGAUGCUCUUCAUACUCGUAAGGAUGUAAACAAGUGUUCAGUGUGUUCAAAGUAUAUUAAAGAUAAGAGCAAUUUACGUAAGCAUAUGCAGGUCCAUACAGGCCGAGUACCUCAAAAACAGUUCAAAUGUGACUUGUGCAAUAACAAACGUUACAUGUCUCUAGAUAGACUCAAUAACCACAAAGUGGUGUGUACUGGAGAAAAAGUAUUGAAGUACUGCGACAUGUGCAGUAAAGUCUUUGAUAACUCCAGGUCCUUGAACAGUCACAGAAAAGUGCAUGCUAGAGAAUUGAAGUGUGAAAAUUGUGGUGAACAAUUACGUUCAUUAGAACAGUUCACAACUCACAAAAUGGUGUGUUUGAUAACAUCUGAAACCAGUGGUGCCCAAGGUAGUAGUACUACUUCAUCAAACACUGCAACGACAUCCUCAAUGAAUCGCUGUUGUCAACAACCAGGAUUGUGUGAACAUGACAAACCUGCUUAUCUUAACAUACCUGGUUAUGCAGCUGGUAGGGUACUUGAUGCAACUCUCUCAUCUUUAAAGUCAGAACUGAAUUGAUAAGUUCUAAAGCUAUGCAAUAAUAUGGAAAAUUAACAUUUUAUUCAUUUUCAACAAGAGUACCAAAUAGACAAAUGACAUUAAUCAAUUACACAAUUGAAAAUUUCACAAGACUGAUGCAAAUAUCCCGCCUCACGACUUGCUUUAUUAUUACCAUUUAUAUUUAGGCUUUAGUUAGUAGUUCAUACAGCUAGUGUAAGCAAUAUAGCCAUCUGAACAUAUUUUAAUAUGAAGGCGAUAAUUCAUUUUAUUUUAAUGUGCUCAAAUUGUUAAACUGAUUUCGGAACCUCAUUAUAAAAUUUUCAAAAAUGUUUUUUAAAUAAUCAAUGUGAACCUGAAUUUAUUAGUUUAUUCUUUUAUAACAGUUAUGCUUUGACUGAUUUAGUUAUAAGCAUGGUGUGCAGUAUUACACACAAUAUUAUUUUUCUAUUUUUGCAAAUUUUUUGAGUUAUUUUUAGUUUUAGAUAAUAUUGUUUUAUAUAAUUGUAUUUUUUUGGAUUGUAAAAGAAGUAUGUUACUUUUUUCAUCUGAGUACUCCAAAAUUAGUUGUAUAGAUACAUUUAUGAUAUAUUAAUGAAGUAUUUCUAUACCAUAUUUUCUAAAGACACCUUUACAAAUUGUAAGUGCGUAAUUGGGUAGAAUCUUUUUUGGUGUUAUUAUUAAAUUAGGCUAAGUGCGUGAAGUGCAAUGAACCGUUGGCAAAGCCUUGUGUGUUAUGGCUAUGGGAUGAUAAACAGAUAUAAUAGCCGCCAAACUUCUUGAGCAUUUGUUGACGUAGUGGGGGUAAGUUCGCGCAUGGUACACUCACGUGCAAAAACAUUACAUACUCUGCGUCAUAAUGCUAUUAAAUUA